AUGAGCGCGCAAUUCCCAACACGACCAAUAUCAAGACUCACAGGGCACAAUGGCCAAGUGCUCGCUCUCUGCUACAGCGCCGGAUCAGGUCAAUACCUCUUGACCGGUAGCACCGACCGACACAUCCGCCUCUUCAACCCCGCCACCGGCCUCGAAGUACAAAAAUACAGCGCCCAUGGCUACGAAGUCCACGAUAUAAGCGUCGCGCAAGACAAUGAUCGCUUCAUCAGCGUAGGCGGCGACAAGACCGUAUUCCUCUGGGACGUCACCACACACCAAACGCUGCGAAGAUGGAGUGGCCAUGCUGGCAGAAUCAAUGCUUGUGCCUUUGCUGGCGAAGGCGAUGCGUUGGUGGUGACAGGGAGUUUCGACAGCACAGUCAAGAUAUGGGAUUGCAAGCAACGGAGUGAGAAACCCAUCAUGAGUUUUUCGGAAGCGAAGGAUGCGAUUUCUUCGAUUGCUGUUGCUGGAGCUGAGAUCGUUGCUGGAAGUGUGGAUGGCAGGGUCAGAUGCUAUGAUGUGAGGAUGGGUGUUGUGGAUCAAGAUGUCCUUGGUCAUCCAGUCACUUCUGUGACGCCUACGGUCAACAACGACUCCUAUCUUGCCAGCACUCUGGACUCGACAUUGAGGCUCAUGGACAAGAGAGAUGGCAAACUACUUCAAGCGUUCCGCCAUGAGGAGUUCAAGAAUGAAAAAUAUAGAUUGAGGUCUACAUUGGCUGCUGGAGACAGCCUUGCCAUGUCUGGCUCAGAGGAUGGAUAUAUCUACGUCUGGGACUUGUUGACCGGGAACUUGGUGCAUAAGCUCAAGCAUGCUGCUCCUGCUCUUACAGCUGGCAGCAAGCAGUUUGUUUCCAUGUCUUCGAAGAGGGAUGUGGUGAACUCGGUUGUUUGGAACCAGUUGAGGAAGGAAUGGGCUAGUGCUGGUGGAGAUGGCACUGUGGUUGUUUGGGCCACUUGA